AUGGCCCACUGCCAGGGUGUGGCCUCAGGUAGGACACAGCCAACACAGAGCCCGGGAAAAGUCGCCGAGGGGUGCGGGCGCCGCGCCGAGGAGCCUCUCUGCCCGAGGGGCUCCCCCCUGCCCAACUCUUUCCCUCCAACUGGUCGGCCGCGCCCGCGGCCACCUGCCUGCGCGCCCCACCGCCCUCGGUCACAGCGCACAGACCCGACCUGGAGUGUCCGCUGA